UUGUUGCAUUCACUGUACAAUUUGAACGAUCAUGAAAUACUUUUACGCGAAAGUUGUUAUCCUGAUUAGUUUCGCGUUUUGCAUCAGCGCGUUAGUUCAUUACCAAAAAAUGGAGAAAGGAGCGAACGGGUGUAGAACCAAAAGUAAUAAACCACCAGCUGCUGCAGGUGGAGCCGCUGCUGGUGCAGCUGGUGGUGCAGCUGGUGGUGCAGCAGGCGGUGCAGCAGGCGGUGCAGCUGGUGAUGCAGCGGGUGGUGCAGCUGGUGGUGCAGCGGGUGGUGAAGCUGGUGCAGCUGGAGCAGCUGGUGCAGCUGGAGGAGAUGCUGCAGCACCAGCCGCAGGAGAAACUGCAGCAGCGCGAACCGGUGCGGCCAGUGAAGGAACGGAGCUACUAGUGGGUGGAAUUCUUAAAGAUGAGAACACAUGCGGAGUCUUCGUAUGCCAAAAUACAGAAGGCGACGCCCUGAUUCAUUAUUGCCAGAAACCAGCUCCUUUCGAAAUGUGCAACGGCGAUGGCGUCUCGACAGUGACUCCAUUUCCUGAGUGCUGCUGGAAGUGCGUAACUUUCGUCAGUUGUGCUAGCGCAGAAGCGAAACCAGGUCAAGCUGGUCAACCAGGUCAAGAAGGUCAGAAUCCAGAAGCAACACCACCGGCCACAAAUUGAUCUUCGGACUGGGCUUUAUGCAAUUAUUAUUGAAAUUAAACAUGACUGCACGACAAAUCAAAUUUGGGUAGUUCGGUUCGCGGCUCAAAAUACCGGGCCGGCCCUUGGAUGCGCUUCGUCAACGUGGUUUUCCACAGACAUGCAUCCAUGUUUUGCUUUAAGGCUUGGUAGGUCAAAUAUAUUCAAAAUUUUAAUAAAACAAACCGAUUUAUAA